GGGAGUGCCAGUGGAGGACGAGCUCCGAGACCGUCAUCCUCCAAUUCGCAUGCCACGACGCAGUCCGCUUUCGACAGUUCCACGAGCUCUCUCUCCUUCGAACAAAACACCGUCAGCCCUCAACUUUCAGAUGGUGGUCUACACGUCAGGUUCAUGAAUGCGUUCCGCGGCUGGUAGAUCCUCAGAGACACACUAGUCAAAGUCGCCAACGACCUUCCCGCCAAGAUUAGCCACGACAAUGCAUCGCGGCAGAUCAUCGACGAGAAUGAGGUCGUGCCUGCUCUAUGGAUACAUGGCAGCUCCAUUGCUGCAGCGACUCACAGCCGAUCAUGUCUCCAAUCCCAAGCAUAAGUCGACAGUGUCGAGGCAGUAUCCCGCGGGACUCACGUACCUGUACAGAGAUGUGCCGGAGUGCAAACAUAUACUGGCAGGCUUUGCAGCCGGUUUUGCGACACCGGCAAUGGUGGCGUCGACUCUGGAGGCAGACAAAUGCUGCUGGCACUCACUGCUCAGUGCUGGUAUAGACGAGCAGCUGGCUCAGCGUGAUGAGAGCCGCAACCAUCAGUUUGGGACAUUCUUUCUCUGUGUCAUUGGCGGAAUUUAGGAUCGUGUUGCUCCUGCCUUCACGGACCCGUUGCCAACCAAGAGCACGACUUCAUGGGCACAGAGUCCUGUCUAUUAAUACUUGCACUUUCCCAAUGCCAC